CAAGUGGCUAGCAGCCCAACGCCUCACACCUCUCUCUCUCUUUCUUCUUCAGGUUCUCUUCCUUGAAAUAUGGAAAGUCUCUGUUUCUUCAUUGUCUGAAACGAAACCACGUCAAUUUUUUUUUUCCAUCUUCCGAAGCCUUGUACCUCCAUUAACGCCCUUCUCCAUUUAAUCAUUUCAGUUUAAUAAGUCUGAACCCCAAAACCUUCCUACCAUCGAAACAUCCAAAUCUUAUCACACCAUUAAAAACCAUAUUCUUUUUGUUUUCCUUCAAGCCUUUGACUCUCCAUUAAACAACAAUUUUUUGUUUUUUUGGGUAUUGUUCCUGAAUCCUCACGCGUUUGUUUAGCUUUGAGUCCUCUCUUGUUCGUUUUUUGCGGCGUUCAAACUUCAACUUCUAGUAUUUGGGUUAUGGAUCAUGGUGCUAACAACUCUGAACCUGCACGAACUGGAUCAUUUAGUCGGACAAGCAGUCUUGGAUCUUCAUUAAGGAAGCGUUCUCUUAGUAUAUCAAGUGUUGUCUCUGUUCAAAUUGAUGAUGGCAUUCAUUGUGAGACUGUUUCUGAGGCAGGAGAUAUUGGUGAUCGGGCUCUUCAGAGCAAUAGGCACAGUGUGAGUAGUAGUGUCCGCUUAUCUGUUGAUUGUGCAAUGGAAAGUGGGGCAGUUAUUCAUCCAGCAGAAUUAAAUACAAUCUCUCUUGUGUCACCUUUGCCAGAGGAUAUCACAUUUCCUCUUCCAAUUGAUCCACUGAAGUGCUCUGAGGACAAAAAACAAGAAAAACUAGGACUACCUCUCACAUUGGAGUAUAUAUCGUGUCUUAUCCAUUUGGCUGUUUUUGGAAUUCUUGGGGUUUUAACAAGAUAUUUGCUGGAAAGACUUUUUGGACCUAGUGUUGCGGGUGUGACCAGUGACCAGACCAUUGUAUUCCCCAACCUUCCUUCUAAUAUGGUCGGUUCUUUCUUGAUGGGAUGGUGGGGUGUUGUUUUCAAAGGAGACAUAUCUCAGGUAUCUGAUAUUUUGGCAAUUGGAUUGACUACUGGCUAUUUGGGAAGCCUUACGACUUUCAGUGGCUGGAAUCAGAAAAUGCUUGAUCUCAGUGUAAAUGGCCUUUGGGUGCAAGCUGUGCUUGGGUUUCUCAUAGGCUUGUUUCUUGCAGCUUACUCCAUCAUUUUUGGGAUUGAGACAGCCAAGGGUUUCAGGUGGAUUCUUAAAAGGCUGAACACAAGCACAAAAGAAGUCCCUAACAUUAACAGUAAUUGGAGGCUCAACAGCUGCAGACGUCAGUUGGCAGCAAUGGUGGUGUUAUUGUUAGUUCUAGGUGUUAUAUUGAGUGUGAGUGGAGCACUGCUCACAGAGGAAUUUGGCAGUGGUAGCAGUGGAGCUCAGCUGUGGCUGGCUUGCUUAGUUGGACCCCUGGGAGUGUGGAUCAGGUGGUUCUUAGCUCGACUUAAUGGACGUGGAUUAGGAAAGUCUGGGAUUCUGAGAUGGCUUCCAUUUGGGACUUUGAUUGCCAAUGUUUCUGCUGCUUGUGUAAUGGCAACACUGUCCACAGUGAAAAGGACGGUAAACACGACGAACUUCGACACUGUUUCAACAGGGAUACAGUUAGGAUUUCUGGGUUGUCUGAGUACAGUUUCUACUUUCAUUGCUGAGUUCAAUGCAAUGAGAGAAAGCAAGCACACUUGGAGAGCUUAUGCUUAUGCCUUAAUUACCACGGGGGUUUCAUUUGGUUUUGGGAUUCUGAUUUACAAUGUACCUGCUUGGACAAAAGGAUUUACAUAGAAUUUGAGGCCAGCUAUCAAUGCUUCUACGGGCUGAUUACACUUGGAGUCUUGGAUGUCAGAGUUGAUGCAAAGGGGAAAUUUUCUUUGUUGGAACAAACGAACAACUGCCAUGACAAGUUCUGGCUGUUCAUCAGCAUUGUCUCUUAAGCCUGAUGCCAUACUCAACUGGUACUACAGAUCAUGAUAUACAUCAACGUUCUUUGCUUUAGGCCCGAUACCUUGAUUAGUACCACCGGAGUACAUGUUAUGUAGGCUCCAUUGCUGCUCUGAAGCUCUGGCUUUAUGAGUUUCUUACCAGAUGGAGCCAGUUAUCUCUCUUCUUUUUCUUUUUUUUGUUGGGAAUAUUCGUAUAUCCCUCUCUCAGUAGCCUUAAAUCUGGUAAAGGAGGAGAUGAAGAGGGUAAAAGCAAAGAAAAGAAAUUGUUGAUCAACUUUUCUUUUGUCCUUUUGUGGAUUCAACCUGUGCCAUUAACUAAACCAAAUUCACCGACUA